AUGAGCUCUCCGUCUGAGGCGGCAGAUACGGCGAAGCGGGAAGAGACGGGGGCAAAGCAAGAGAAUGUCCAGCCAGCAGCACCAACAGCACCAGCAGCAGCGCCGCCUGCGGCCACUGUGUCGGACGAUCUAGACGAUGUUCCCGAUCCAGACGAAGACGACCUGGAUGAUCUUGACGAGCUACUCGACGGCUUCAAGGCCGUCCGCCAGGAGAUGAUCAAUGACAAUACGUUAAAGGAGGGAGCCGACGCUGCGGAUUUGGACUAUGAGAAUAUGUCAGAAGAGGAAGUCACCAAGAGGAUGCAAGCGGGCAUAGCCGGUCUGCUGGCCAACUUGGAGCAAUCUCCCGAACUACAAGCGCAGUUUGAAGAGAUGUUUAAGCAGAUGGGUGCCGAGAUGGGCGCAGAUUUUGAAGCUGAAGAACCAGAGCAGCAAGAGCAGCAAGAGAAGCCAUCCACCAGCAAAGACAAAGCCACCCCUGCCGCCAGCGCUUCUGCGAGCGCCUCUACAAGUGCUCCCGCCGCCUCGACAGGGCCCUCUCAGCCAACUGGAGAGGGAUCCAGCGGCGCAGCGUUUCAAGACACCAUCCGCCGUACCAUGGAGCGCAUGCAGUCAUCCGGUGACCAAGCUACCGCGGCGGCGGCGGCGGGUGGCGAGGACGACUUCCUGGCCGAGAUGCUCAAGCAGCUCACGGCUGGCGAGUUUGCUGGUGGCAGCGAAGAGGACUUUUCCAAGAUGCUCAUGGGCAUGAUGGAGCAGCUCACAAAUAAGGAGAUUCUGUACGAACCGAUGAAGGAGCUGCAUGACAAAUUCCCCGCCUGGCUUGCCAAGAACAAAGACUCAACUCCCGCAGAUGACUUGAAGAGAUACAUGGAGCAAAAGACGAUUGUAGAGGAGAUUGUGGCCAAGUUCAACGAGCCCACUUACUCGGACUCCAACGCGGCCGAUAGGGAAUACAUUGUGGACAGAAUGCAAAAGAUGCAAGCGGCAGGAUCGCCGCCGUCAGACCUGGUCGGGGAUAUGGCCUCUGCCCAGGAAGCGUUCAACGCGACGGAAGACCAGUGCACUCCGCAAUAA